CGUCAUCUCUCUGGCGGUGUCGGACCUGUUCGUGGCCGUGCUCGUGAUGCCCUGGAGGGCGGUGUCCGAGGUCGCAGGGUUCUGGUUGUUCGGCCGCUUUUGUGACACCUGGGUGGCCUUCGACAUCAUGUGCUCCACCGCCUCGAUCCUGAACCUGUGCAUCAUCAGCAUGGACCGCUACUGGGCAAUCUCCAGCCCCUUCAAGUAUGAGCGCAAGAUGACGCGCAGGUUCGCCUUCCUCAUGAUCGGCGUGGCGUGGACUCUCUCCAUCCUCAUCUCAUUCAUCCCGGUGCAACUCAACUGGCACCGCGCGUACUCGGACAACUCGACCGCGGAGAACCCGGAAGACUGCAACGCGAGCCUGAACCGGACUUACGCCAUCUCUUCGUCCCUCAUCAGCUUCUACAUCCCGGUGGUGAUCAUGGUGGGCACGUACACGCGCAUUUUCCGCAUCGCGCAAACCCAAAUCAGACGCAUCUCAUCUUUGGAGAGGGCGGCAGGGCACCGUGCGCAAAACCGCCACCACCGCGCAUCAACGCACGACGAAAGCUCCCUGAAAACGUCUUUUAAGAGAGAAACUAAAGUUUUAAAAACUCUGUCCAUCAUCAUGGGGGUCUUCGUGUUCUGCUGGCUGCCUUUCUUCGUCCUGAACUGCGUCGUGCCUUUCUGUGAGCUGGACAAAGUGGGAGAGCCGCCGUGCGUCAGCGACACCACCUUCAGCAUCUUCGUGUGGUUCGGCUGGGCGAACUCGUCCCUGAACCCGGUCAUCUACGCCUUCAACGCGGACUUCAGGAAGGCCUUCUCCACCAUCCUGGGCUGCAACAAAUACUGCUCCAGCUCCGCGGUGGAGGCGGUGGACUUCAGCAACGAGCUGGUGUCUUAUCACCAUGACACCACCAUGCAGAAGGAGGCCUGCGCCGUGCAAGGCCAUGCUGGGUCACAGAGACUCAUCCCCCCACCUCCUCCGCCGCAGCACACCGGAGGAGACCUGGAGCAGGACUUUGACAAAGUUUCUAUCAUUUCAGAAGAUUCUAGAAACCACAGCAACCUCCUGCUGCCCGCCAUGCUGCAGUAUGAGUGCGAGGCUGAGAUUUCUCUGGACAUGAUGCCCUUCAACUCGUCCGGACCAACAGACUGUUACGUUAUCCCGGGUCAGAUCCAGGACCUGUGAGCAUGAGUAGUGCGGGAUCUGUUCAAUUUUGUGCCUCCUAAUUCAUCCUGGGCCAACUUUUACAUCAUGCGCCACACAGCUCUGACCUCCUG